AUGGAGAAAGAGCCUCUGCUUCCCUAUGUAGGCAGCCCGAGAAGAAAGCUCUCACCUUUACACACUCUCUGUCCGCUACCAGAAGAUAAUGAAUUCACUGCCCCUUUAACCCCUUCAGAGUUCAAAGACCGUAUCAUCUUUGGCCCUUCCCCCUCAUCACCACAAGACUCUUCUCCUCUAGUUGAUGCCUUGACUCUGCCUUACAGUUCACCAAGAGCCUCAAGGCCUCCUUCCUCUUCUUCUUUAUUAGACGCCAUAGCCACAACCCCAAAAGAUCCACAACCUCAACAACCCCUGCAAUCUUGGCUCAUUGACCCCAACUAUUCAUGGACCAAAACCAACCUCCAUCGCUCCAAAACUGCACCUGCUAUGGCUGUUAUAAAUGAUGUGGAAAACCGGCGUUCUGAUCCUAGACCCCAAUUUGGUUCACAGUCUAUUGUAAGACAAGCUUUUAUUCUUCUUGUUAUAUAUUUGUCAUUGGGUGUGACUAUAUAUUGGUUUAACCGUCAUCAUUUCUCGGCAAUUGAGACACACCCGGUAGUUGAUGCAUUGUACUUUUGUAUUGUGACAAUGUGCACAAUUGGUUAUGGAGAUAUUACACCCACUAGUACGGCAACCAAGUUGUUUUCUAUAAUGUUUGUGUUGGUGGGGUUUGGAUUUAUUGAUAUUUUGCUUAGUGGGAUGGUCAGUUAUGUGCUGGAUUUGCAAGAGAAUUAUUUGCUAAGGAGUCUUAAGGGUGUGGGUGAGAAAAAGGAGUCCUACAUAUUUGAUGUCAAGAAGGGGAGGAUGAGGAUUAGAAUGAAGGUAGGAUUGGCAUUGGGAGUUGUGGUGCUAUGUAUUGGGAUUGGUGUUGGUGUUAUGCAUUUUGUUGAAAGGCUUGGAUGGUUGGAUUCAUUUUAUCUUUCGGUUAUGUCAGUUACCACCGUUGGGUAUGGUGACCGCGCUUUCCAGUCUUUGUCGGGUCGCAUCUUUGCUUCAAUUUGGUUGCUUGUAUCGACGCUUGCGGUUGCUCGAGCAUUUCUGUAUUUAGCUGAGGCAAGGGUGGAUAAACGGCAUAGGAUAAUGGCAAAGUGGGUUCUUGGUCAGGAUAUGACUGUUUCUGAGUUUCUUGCUGCUGACAUUGACAAUAAUGGCUUUGUGAGUAAGUCAGAAUAUGUCAUAUACAAACUCAAGGAGAUGGGAAAGGUAUCAGAGAAAGAUGUUAUGCAGAUCUGCACCCAAUUUGAUAGGCUAGACUCUGGGAACUGUGGAAAGAUAACCCUUGCGGAUCUUAUGAGUCGUCAUUGA